AUGUCAGAUCAUCUUGCUGACGAAAUGCUUCACAGAUAUCAUGUUCCUCACAACAUUUCGCAUCACAUUGAUUACAUAACUCCCGGCAUCAAAUUGAUGGCUGGUGGAUAUGAUGAGAAGAUUGUCAAGAGGAUGGUGGGACGGAGAGGGUCGGUCUGGUACGAUAACCAGUAUCAAAUCCCAGCUGGAACGAAAGCGACUAAAGGCAACGAGUUGGGUAUCUUUCAAGGUCUCGCUCAACACUACAAUCAACAAGACAUGGAUACCUAUUGGAAAUAUGUCGCUCCAUGGAUCCCGAAAGGAACUCAUCCCGAACUCAAGUCGAUCAACGGCGCCGAGGGCCCGAUUGAGGAUCCCCAGCUAGCAGGAGAAGAGGCCAAUCUUGAUUUCCAAGUGGCUAUUCCGUUGACAAAAGCCUUCUUUGACGCCAUCGAUGGCUCCUUUUGCACUAUGGCCGCCUUCAAUCAGACAGGAAAUUGUGCUGACGACUCCUGCCGCGAUCCCGAGUACCCGAACCCGAACAACGACAGAUACGGUUACCAAGGCGACUUGAUGUGCGGCACUUACCGCCCAACAAACGUCAUAUCUAUCUCCUAUUCGGGCUUCGAGCACGCCUGGCCAGAGUCCUACACCCGCAGGCAGUGCAUGGAGAUAUUGAAGCUUUCACUGCAGGGGGUCACUGUGGUAGAGUCCUCUGGCGACUAUGGCGUCGGUGGAAGGAGGGGGGACCCUCAGGCUGGCUGUUUAGGCCCGAAUAGAGAGGUGUUCUCUCCAAGAAUCAUGGGAAACUGUCCCUAUGUUUUGAGCGUGGGUGCUACACUGGUCAAGGCCGACCCCAAGAAUAAGGGCAAGUUCAUCGAGACAGCCACAGAGAGAUUUGCUUCUGGAGGGGGAUUUUCAAAUGUCUUCAUGAGGCCGCCAUGGCAGGAGAAGCACGUGGCUGCGUAUUUGAAGCGGGCCAACGUCACAGAGCUGGGAUACAACCUAACGGCUACAGCAGCCUCCACGCAGUGGGGAUGGGAGCCAAGUUUGCUGGGCAGUGUGCUGGGAAAAGAGAGGGGCAAGAGGUUCAACAAAGGCGGCAGAGGUUAUCCUGAUGUUUCGGCCAUUGGAGACAAUUACAGGGUUGUUCUCAGAGGAUAUGCUGAUAGCAUGAGUGGUACCUCGGUGGCGGUACCGGUUUGGGCUUCUAUCCUUACUCUGAUCAACGAGGAGAGAUUAGUCCGAGGCAAGCGGCCAGUCGGGUUUAUCCACCAAGUUUUGUAUGAUCAUCCCGAAGUGUUCACUGACAUCACUUCUGGAUCAAACCCAGGAUGUGGGAGCAACGGCUUCCCGGUGAAAGAGGGUUGGGAUCCAGUCACUGGACUUGGGUAA